AUGGGCUGGAUACUGGGAGACAAGUUCGACUCGGUCUACCCGCACAAGGGUUCCAUCAAAGCGCUGUGGGAGACAAAAUGGAGAGCAGUGUGCGAGAAGUCAGUCUACCCCUUCCACGACGGCAAGCUGGAGGAUUUCGAGCCGAUCAUCGAGAAGCUCAUCGCUGGCAACAUCAACGAUGCAUACUCCGACGCUUAUACCGAGACCUUCCUUCCAUUCGCUGAAUCACUGGAACAGCGGGCUGCGGAAGCGCUGCGCAAAGGGGACACCAGCACAGCAUCGCAUCUCCUUCUCCGCGCGGCCGUCGUGUACCGAAUCGCGCGCUAUCCCUACGUCGGCCCUGACUCGACUGGGCUCAAAAGGACGGCCUUUGAGCGGCAGAAAUUGGCAUACCUCAAGGCAACCUCGUUCUGGAGCCCGCCAUUGACGGAAAAGACGGUCGAGUUCGUGCACCGCGCAGGGAACGAGGGCUCGCAGAUACCAGUAUACCUCCGUAUUCCUGACGACACCGGUGCGAAACCAGUGCCGUGCGUCCUGAUCAUGACCGGACUGGAUGGCUAUCUGCCGGAUAACAGUCAGCGCAUCCAUGAGUGCAUCGCUCGCGGGUGGGCGGUCCUCGUCUGCGAGAUCCCUGGAACGGCAGACUGUCCGGCAGAUCCCCGCGACCCUGAAGCCCCUGAUCGCUUGCUGGAUAGUCUCUUUCUGUAUCUGCGCAGCAGGGCGGAUAUUGACAUGGCCAAGGUUGUGGUCUGGGGACUCAGUGCUGGGGGGUUCUACGCCAUCCGCGCGGCGCACACGCACCGAGAUCAUCUUGCCGGCUGUAUUGCCCAUGGCCCUGGCGCGCACUACUUUCUGAAUAAAGACUGGCUCAGCAAGGUCGAGGACCACGAGUAUCCGUUUCCCAUCGUCUCCGCCUGGGCGAAGAAGUACGGCUACGAUGAGCCGGCCGAUUUCUGCACGCAGGGUCAAGGGAAGUUCUCGCUCCUCGAGACGGGGAUUCUCGACCAGCCAAGCACUCGGCUGCUUUUGCUGAAUGGUGUGGACGAUGGUGUGGUUCCGAUCGAGGACUGUCUUUUGGUAUUACAACAUGGAAACGCGAAGGAGGCAAGGUUCUACCCCGGCCUCCCCCACAUGGGAUAUCCAUACAGCCUGGCGGAAGCCUAUAGAUGGCUGGAGCAACUGUUAGCCUGA